UUAUUCAAAUUCAAAUUAUAAUUUAUUCGUUUUACGAUCGUCAUUUUUUUUGUUUUUUGUUUUUUAAUAAAGUGACAGCGAUGUUUUAAAAAUGACUAUCGUAUAAAAUAAAACGUUCGAUUGAUUUGUCAAAUGAUUAAUUAAAGAAAUUUAUUUAAAAAAAAUAUAAAAUGUACGAUUAUAAUAUUUUAUUAUCAACAAGAUUUCCCCAAAAAUUAUGGAAAAUAAUAAACGAAUGUAAAACGGGUUCAAUACGUUGGAGUUUAAAUGGUACGACAAUAUUAUUAGAUUAUAAAAAAUUUCAUGAAGAAUAUUUGAGCCCACCGCAAUCAAUAUUUAAAACCAGUAAUAUUGCAAGUUUUAUACGUCAAUUAAAUCUUUAUGGUUUUCGUAAAGUGACAUCACACAAUCGUGAUCCAUCAUGUAAUUCACGUAAUCCUGAGAUUCAUGAAUUUUUACAUGAUAAUUUUAAUCGUGAUCGAGCUGAUCUUCUAAGUAAAGUUUGUCGUAAAACCUGUAGUAAAUUUAACAAACGUUGUGACCGAGUUGAUGGUAAAAAUUAUACAAGGAAUGAGACAAUCAAUAAAUCAAGAAUCCAAGGAAUGUCCCGACUCCAAAUGUGCCAGCUUGCUCUUAAACAAGCGUUGGAGCAAGCAGUUGAAGAUUAUCAGCGUAAAAAAUACGAAGAAUCUAUAAAUUUCAUCCACGUAAAUCAUCACGAUCAUCUAGAGUACAAAUUCUUUCAAACAUUACGUAACUAAUUGUUUGAAAAAUAAAAGUAAUAGGUGACUUGGUAUUAUAAUUUAAAAUGUUGUCUAAUGUUUAAUUAAGAAAAAGUUAAGAAUAAUUUGUUUUUAUUUCCGUAAAUAAU